AUGUAUCAUAAAUUCUUCAAAAUAAUUCUAGAUGGAUACCCUAGUGCAACUUACGGACCUCCAGGCUACCAACCAGGAGUACCCAUAGGUCCAGGAAAUGGUAACGGUAACGGAAAUGGUAAUGGGAAUGGUGGUAACGGUAACGGACAUAGCAACGGCAAUGGUAAUGGUAACGGUAAUGGAAAUGGUAACGGCAACGGUUACACGGUACCUGGAAUAGUAUACGGACCACCUACAAAUGGAAAUGGCAACGGAAAUGGUGAACCUGAAUUAGAAUAUCUACCACCCAGCAACGGCAAUGGAAACGGUAAUGGUCAUUCCAACGGAAACGGAAACGGCAAUGGUCAUGCCAAUGGUAAUGGAAAUGGCAAUGGUAACGGAAAUGGAAACGGAAAUGGCAACGGAAACGGUUAUCCUGGUUUAGCAUAUCUUCCUCCCAGUAAUGGAAAUGGAAAUGGCAAUGGUUAUAAAAACGGUAACGGUAAUGGUAAUGGUAACGGCCACAGCAAUGGUAACGGUAAUGGAAAUGGCAACGGCCACAGCAAUGGUAACGGAAAUGGAAAUGGCAAUGGCCACGGCAAUGGUAACGGCAAUGGUAAUGGUGUACCAAACGGUCUUUACGGACCACCAAGCAAUGGAAACGGAAAUGGAAAACCAGGACCAGUAUACGGCCCUCCUAGAAACGGCAAUGGUAACGGUAAUGGUCACGGCAAUGGUAACGGUAAUGGUCACGGCAAUGGUAACGGCAAUGGUAACGGUAAUGGUAACGGUAAUGGCAACGGAAACGGAAGGCCAGGUUCUACAUAUCUUCCUCCUUCAAACGGAAACGGAAACGGUAACGGCUAUAAAAACGGAAAUGGUAAUGGAAAUGGUAAUGGAAGACCUAGUGGAACAUAUGGACCACCAUCUAAUACAUACGGCCCACCUGUAAACGGAAAUGGCAACGGUAAUGGUAAUGGCAACGGUAAUGGAAACGGAAAUGGUAAUGGACACAGUAACGGCAACGGUAAUGGCAAUGGCAACGGUAAUGGAAACGGUAAUGGAAAUGGUAAACCAAAUGGAUUAUAUGGACCACCCUCUGCUACAUACGGACCACCUUCUAAUACAUAUGGACCACCUGCAAAUGGAAAUGGUAACGGCAACGGAUACAAAAAUGGAAACGGAAAUGGAAGAAGUAACGGAAACGGAAACGGUAAACCAAAUGGACUAUAUGGUCCACCAUCAAAUGGAAAUGGCAAUGGCGGUAGAAACGGUAAUGGAAAUGGAAAUGGUAACGGUAAACCUAAUGGAUUAUAUGGACCACCUACUAAUGGUAACGGUAACGGAAAUGGCAACGGUAAACCCAAUGGAUUAUAUGGACCACCUGCUAAUGGUAACGGUAACGGAAAUGGCAACGGUAAACCCAAUGGCUUAUAUGGACCACCUACCAAUGGAAACGGCACGGUAAUGGAACGCAACGGUAAUGGAAACGGCAACGGUAUAGGAAAUGGACUAUAUUUACCACCUAACGGUAACGGUAACGGAAACGGAUAUAGAAACGGAAACGGUAAUGGUAACGGCCAUAGUAACGGAAAUGGUAAUGGUAAUGGCCAUAGCAACGGAAACGGUAACGGUAACGGUUAUGCUAACGGAAAUGGCAAUGGCAAUGGUAAUGGCUAUCCAAGUGGAGGUCCUAAUGGAAAUGGCAAUGGUGAAUCUGACGAGCCAGCAAAAUACGAAUUUGAGUAUGAAGUAAACGAUCCCGAAAGUGGUAAUGAAUUUGGUCACAAGGAACAGCGUGAUGGAGAUGUGGCAACAGGCGAAUAUUUUGUAGUGCUUCCCGAUGGCAAAAAACAAAUCGUUACGUAUGAGGCAGACCUAGAUGGAUAUAAACCAACAAUUAACUACGAAGAGGGCAAUGGAAAUGGUAAUGGUAACGGGUAUCCAAGUGGAGGACCAAAUGGUAAUGGAAAUGGAGGAUAUGUAAACGGAGGUUACCCAAGCAAUGGUAAUGGUAACGGAAACGGCAACGGACAUGGUAAUGGAAACGGUAAUGGAAAUGGUAACGGAAAUGGUAACGGAAAUGGAAACGGACAUAGUAAUGGAAAUGGUAACGGCAACGGUAAUGGUAAUGGAAAUGGUUACCCGAGUAACGGUAAUGGAGGGAGUAACGGUAACGGAUACAGCUACUGAUUGUAUUGAAUUCAAAUUAUUUUCAAACAAGUUGUUGAAUUUAAUUUAUUUAUCUGGUCUAUGUUAGCAUAAAACGAUUGAAUGUUCUGUGUCAUACACAGUAGGCAAUGUAUUAUUUUAAAUAAGUUUUAAGUGUACAAAAGACAAAAGGUGCCUGUUAAAUUAUAAGCGUACCUACA